AUGGACGUAAUCAUCAAGGGGCCCAAGGGCAUUAAGAAAAGGCAACUCAAGAAGACCCUUCAAGAUCAGCUCAUCAGGAGGCAACAGAGCACCCAGCCAUCUGUGGAGGAUGCUGCCAUGGAAAGGAAGCGUGGGAGGCCGGCCCCAAGGGAGCCAGAAUGGUCUCUCAGGGCGCAGAGGCCCCAGAUGCUGGUAAAACUCACUUUGAGGUGGUGCACAAGAGCACCCAAGGCCAAGGCGAGUUGGAAGUUCGGGAAGGAAGGCUCAUCUGGUCAACUGAUGGUUGCCAAGAGGCCCCCACUCCCUGCAGUCCGGAACCUCAUCAACUUGCCCUCGCAAGGGCUUGUGAACCCUUCCGAGGCCGACUCCACCGUGCCUGCCAUGUCACCCGUCAAACAGACCAACGGCAUGCAGUGGGAGGUCAGCCACCUGGGGCCCAAUCUGUCCCCCACACCGCAGAGCUCCACGUACCCGCUGCUCUUGUCCCCAGGGGAUCAGUUUGAGACUGAGCUAAACCAGCAGCUGCAGUUCCUCAUCCCAGACAACAAUGUGCGGAGGCUUGUUUCCCACGUGAUCAGGACCCUAAAGAUGGACUGCUCCGAGAGUCGUGUGCAGCUGCCCUGUGCCAAGCUCAUCUCACAGACGGGCCUCCUGAUGAAGCUCCUCAGUGAGCAGCAGGAGGUGAAUGUGGCCGAGGCGGAGUGGGACACAGAACAAUGGAGGAACAACUACAUCCAAGAGAGCACUGAGGCCCAGAGCGAGCAGAAGGGCCAGGAGUCAGACGAGCUCACUAAAGAAGUUCCAGGAUAUGGCUAUCAUAAAAAGCCAAUCGUGGAGAUAUCCAUUAGUGUCAUCUUUACAAUUUUAAUUUUAAUCUUCUGUCUCAUUGAGAUUUAUGCUCACCGAAAGAAGAAGAAAAAACAAGGAACCUCAAGGGGCUUCUUUGGGUUUCUGCUGCGCAGGAAGUGCUCGUCGAGGAAGCAGAAGGAGGGCUUCUUCAGGCUGAGGUGGCCACUCUGGCUCAGGGACAUGCACAGACCUCUCAACACCACACGCGAGAAGAACAUGUCACAUAAUCUGCACCACAGGGAUUCCGACGACGAGGAGGAUGAGAUAUUCAGCAGGGAUAGUCUUCCAGGCCGAGCUGGGGACAGCAGAGAAGCCCUGACGGAAAGGACAGUGCCAGAGGAGUCGGCAGAGGUAGACGAGGAGACGGAGUGGCCCCAAGGGGAGGAGGCUGUGAAGUGA